GCCCAGCCAUGUCUCUCAGCGGAGUCUCCGAGCGCAGCGUCCCGGCCACCAAGAUCGAAAUUACUGUCUCCUGCCGGAACCUGCUGGACCUCGACACCUUCUCCAAGUCCGACCCCAUGGUCGUGCUGUACACGCAGAGCCGCGCCAGCCAGGAGUGGCGCGAGUUCGGUCGGACGGAGGUGAUCGACAACACGUUGAACCCAGACUUCGUGCGCAAAUUCGUCCUUGACUAUUUCUUUGAGGAGAAGCAAAACCUGCGCUUCGAUGCGUACAACGUGGAUUCUAAAACCAACAUCUCCAAACCGAAGGAUUUCCUGGGACAAACGUUCCUGGCCUUGGGAGAGGUGAUUGGAGGCCAGGGCAGCCGUGUAGAGAGACCUCUGACGCAGCCUCAGUCCCUUCCCCUAUCAGGAGCCACUCAGGAUAGAAGGGGACACAUUUGGAGGACUCUCAGCAAAUGGGGUGUGCCAGGCAAGAAGUGUGGGACCAUCUUGCUGACCGCAGAGGAGCUUAGCAACUGUCGGGACAUCGCCACCAUGCAGCUGUGUGCCAACAAGCUGGACAAGAAGGACUUCUUUGGGAAAUCCGACCCCUUCCUCGUGUUCUACAGAAGCAAUGAGGAUGGCACGUUCACCAUCUGCCACAAGACAGAGGUGGUGAAAAACACACUGAACCCCGUAUGGCAGCCCUUCAGCAUCCCAGUGCGGGCCCUGUGCAAUGGAGACUACGACAGAACUGUGAAGAUUGAUGUGUACGACUGGGACCGGGACGGAAGCCACGAUUUCAUUGGGGAAUUCACCACCAGCUACCGGGAGCUGAGCAAGGCCCAGAACCAGUUCACGGUGUAUGAGGUACUGAACCCCCGGAAGAAGUGUAAGAAGAAGAAAUACGUCAACUCGGGAACUGUGACGCUGCUGUCCUUCUCUGUGGACUCGGAGUUCACAUUUGUGGACUACAUCAAAGGCGGGACACAGCUGAACUUCACGGUGGCUAUUGACUUCACAGCUUCCAACGGGAAUCCCCUGCAGCCCACCUCCCUGCACUACAUGAGUCCCUACCAGCUCAGCGCCUAUGCCAUGGCCCUCAAGGCAGUGGGAGAGAUCAUCCAAGAUUAUGACAGUGACAAGCUCUUCCCAGCCUACGGCUUUGGGGCCAAGUUGCCCCCAGAAGGACGGAUCUCCCACCAGUUCCCCUUGAACAACAAUGACGAGGACCCCAACUGUGCGGGCAUCGAGGGUGUGCUGGAAAGCUACUUGGAGAGUCUGCGCACAGUGCAGCUCUAUGGACCCACCUACUUUGCCCCUGUCAUCAACCAGGUGGCCAGAGCUGCAGCCAAGAUCUCCGAUGGGUCUCAGUACUAUGUCCUGCUCAUCAUCACGGACGGGGUCAUCUCGGACAUGACACAGACCAAGGAAGCCAUUGUCAGCGCCUCCUCACUACCUAUGUCUAUCAUCAUUGUGGGUGUGGGACCAGCCAUGUUUGAGGCAAUGGAAGAACUGGAUGGGGACGACGUGCGUGUGUCCUUCCGGGGGCGCUAUGCUGAGCGGGACAUCGUGCAGUUUGUUCCUUUCCGUGACUAUGUCGACCGGUCAGGGAACCAGGUGCUGAGCAUGGCCCGGCUAGCCAAGGACGUGCUGGCCGAGAUCCCCGAGCAGCUGCUGUCCUACAUGCGGACCAGAGACAUCCAGCCUCGGCCCCCACCCACUACCAAUCCCAGCCUGACACCAACUCCAGGGCAGCCAUCUGAAGCCUAGCUAUCCAAUACCUAGCAGUCUGUCUGCCUGCGCACCCAUUGCUUCUGCUGGGAGCCAGAAGGUCCUGGAGCCCUGGAGCUCACUGGGAGGGCCACCUUAGAAGUUUGUUGCUGGCUGGGUGAGCACCCCACUCCCUGACAAGUACCCCACAGAAGGGCUUGGCACGACCACCGCCUCCCUGCCUUCCUACUGAUAAUAAAGCUGAUCUUUAUUCCA